GCGCAGACUCAUGGGAAAGCGCGAUGUUCAAAUUUGUUUCCGGUUUCCUUCGGGUACGCUAGAAAUGGAGCCACCUCCUAACGGUGUGGUGAGGACUCCCCUCAACAGCGUCGUGGUGCAGAGGAGGAGCAAAAGCAAGAGCUACCGGCUUUCUUACCGAAGCUGCCUGGGUGCCGCCUCCCGGCUCGGCUUCACUCCAGCGUUGACGGCACGGCGGCUCAACACCAGCAGGAGAGCUCCAAGGUCACGCAAUAUCAGCGAGAAGGUGAAUUCAGAGCAGUUGGCCUUGCUGUUGAAAACGGAGUGGAGGCUGUCGUACGUGACUCCUCUGUUUAAGUUCCGACACACUCAGCUGAAGAGCUACUCCAGGCAGCUCUCUGCUUUUAUUGCUGCGGAGAAGCAGCAGGGCCUGGCGGUGGACGUGGAAGGAUCGCAGAGCGGCUUCAGGGUGUCUUUCUCUGUGGUGCAGGGAAUGACGGAAACGGAUGAUGAUGCAGAGACCGUCCUCAUACAGAUCCACACAAACCCUUUGUUUGCCAGGCAGGACGAACCCCAGAGGUCAGUGUGGAGUGGCUUGCUGACAUGCAUCAACGGCAACACGGAUUACCUGCACUCCCUACCAAAAGACUUCAUCUGCCUGCCGCUCUUUGGCUGCAGUGGGUCCGAGGUUCUCACCACUUUGGUCAAGUCCUGGUUCCAGCAGGCGUUCGACUGCAGCUUUGGGCCCCUGGAAAUCAGCCAUACCAGUCUUCAGUGGCUGGUGGCGUUAUGGACUAACUGCCACUCUGAAUCCGGCAUUCAGCAACUCAAGAUGAUUUGGACUCUCCCAGUUGUGCCACCGCUGCAGAUCACCUACACGGUUAACCCCCAAGACGCCUGGGAGCUGUGGAGCAGCGUAAGGAGGGAUCCACAGGAGGAAAACGAGGGAGGGGAGGCGGGGACUAGUAUUGAUAUUAAGGAGGUGAUGCGGUUCGUGCAGGGGCUGAAGGGCCACUUCUACAGACAUUUCAGGCUGGAUCUGUCGUCAGGAAGUCUGAAACAGGUCUCGACGGCGCUGGGAUCAGCCAAGUAUAACGGCAGGAUCAAGAUCUCCAACAGCAGAUACAUGAUCACCACCCUGACACUACUGACAGAGUGUGCCCUCCUCAAAAUGCCCAUCUAAUCAAUGAAGACUUUGAACUAACAGGAAAUGCAAUAUUGCAACAGUUCCGAGUUGCUGCCUGGAAAGACUGAACACGCAGCUAUAUAUUACAGCCUUCUUUUUAUUUUUAACCAUGCAAAAUUGUCUUCUUUUUUUAAAUAAAAGUGAACAUUCUUUUUA